GUCUGAAGCCACUGAACCGCUACUAGUUUUAAUUAAUACAUGCUUUAUUACGUGACGUGUGUGGGGGGGCGCGCGCCACCGCGUGGGUUAAUAGAUGAUUAGUUAUUGAUCAGUCGGGUUGACCUUUAGUAACCGGAUUAAGUUCCUUUAAGUCCCGGUGCCCUUUCACCCACUUUAUUCAGCUGUCCCGGUCCAGUUCAGCCGCUCCGGGACCGCCGGACUGUGACUGACGGAUGCCAGGCUCCGCCUCCAGUAGCUGCUUAGGGCCGUGGCCCAAAGAUGUGGGGGUCAUCGCCAUGGAGCUGUACUUCCCAUCCCAGUAUGUGGACCAGGCCGAGCUGGAGCGCUUUGAUGGCGUGGCGGCGGGGAAGUACACGGUGGGACUGGGACAGGUCCGGAUGGGGUUCUGCUCGGACCGCGAGGACAUCAACUCCCUGUGUCUGACGGUGGUCCAGAGGCUGAUGGAGCGGAGCGGCCUGUCCUACGACUGCAUCGGCCGGCUGGAGGUCGGCACCGAGACCAUCGUCGACAAGUCCAAGUCCGUCAAGACGGUCCUCAUGCAGCUGUUCGAGGACUCGGGCAACACGGACGUGGAGGGCAUCGACACCACCAACGCCUGCUACGGCGGCACCGCCGCCCUCUUCAACGCCGUGAACUGGGUGGAGUCCAGUUCGUGGGACGGACGCUACGCCCUGGUCGUUGCAGGUGACAUCGCCGUCUACGCAACAGGAAGCGCUCGGCCUACAGGGGGCGCCGGAGCGGUGGCCAUGCUGGUCGGGCCGAACGCGCCUUUGGCCUUUGAAAGAGGUCUGCGGGGAACGCACAUGCAGCACGCGUACGACUUCUACAAACCCGACAUGGUGUCCGAGUACCCGGUGGUGGACGGGAAGCUGUCCAUCCAGUGCUACCUGAGCGCCUUGGACCGCUGCUACGCCGUAUACCGCAACAAGAUCCACGCCCAGUGGCAGAGAGAUGGUUCUGAUAAGCUUUUCAGCCUGGAGGACUUUGGGUUCCUGGUCUUCCACUCUCCGUACUGUAAGCUGGUCCAGAAGUCUCUGGCCCGUCUGAUGCUGAACGACUUUCUGAACCACCCCAGCCCCGACACCGAGACGGGUCACUUCGCGGGUCUGGACUCCUUCAGAGGCGUGAAGCCGGAGGAGACGUACUUCGACAGAGACGUGGAGAAGGCCUUCAUGGCGGCCAGCGCCCAGCUGUUCCAGAGGAAGACGGCGCCGUCGCUGCUGCUGUCCAGUCAGAACGGGAACAUGUACACGCCGUCCGUGUACGGCUGCCUGGCCUCGCUCAUAGCCCAACACACAGCGUCUCAGCUGGCGGGUCAGCGCAUCGGACUCUUCUCCUACGGCUCGGGUUUCGCCGCCACCCUCUUCUCCCUCAGGGUCAGUCAGGACCACACCCCCGAUUCUGGACUGGACAAGCUGGUCUCCAGCCUGAAGGACCUGAGGCUCCGACUGGACUCCAGAACCAAAGUGUCGCCGUCCGAUUUCUCUGAGAGCAUGAAGCUGAGGGAGGAGACGCAUCACUUAGCCAACUACGUCCCCAGAAGCCCGGUGGACCACCUGUUCCCGGGGACCUGGUACCUGACCCGAGUGGACGACAAGCACCGCAGGGAGUACGCCCGCCGCCCGCUGGACGAUGAGCUGCCAGCCGAGCCGGACCUGGUCCGCUCCGGCGCCGCCUCUGAGCACGUCCCCAGUCCGCUCAAGAAGAUGCCUCGCAUCCCAGCAGCCCCGGCGGGCCCCGGGGCCCCCAGCAGCAACUGAGACCUCGCAUCCCCGAGACGGCGGCCGGACCCGACAUGUUGAAGAACCAGUACCGGCAGACGUCAGCGGACCCCAGCGGGUCGGCGGUUCUCCCCCAGCCGGGGCCCCUGCCUUCACCCCCCCCCCCCCCCCAUGCUUCUCAGUGAUUUCUUUGUUUUUUGUUUCCCGGCUCUGAAUGUGAGCAGAACCGCAGAGCAGGAACCGUCCCGCUGCCGUUCCUGACUCGGCCCGGUUAGAGACGUUGCCCUGGUAACGGGCGCCGAGGCCGCUGCUCUCUGAGGGACCUGGUUACUGGUUCUGUUUAGGUUUUACUGGGUCGGACUGGUCGGUCGGCGGCACAGAGGAACGUUUUCAGACUCCAUGGAAAGGCCAAGGUUCUACUAGACCCGAAAGAACCAGAGUCUGAUCGCUGCACAGAACCACGG